GUUAGUGACGUGUAGCUCUUCCUCCUCCUCCUCUUCCUCCUCCUCCUCUUCCUCCUCCUCGUCACUCAGCAGCAGUAAUGGCGGACACCGAGAGCUACGACGAUGAGCGGGAUAAGGCCUACAUCUGCUUUGGCGGCGGUAGGCCCCGUGGAGGACCCCCCCCCAGGAAGCAGAAGGAGCUGCCAACAGAGCCGCCGUUCACGGCGUAUGUGGGGAACCUGCCGUUCAACACGGUGCAGGGAGACAUCGACAUCAUCUUCAAAGAGCUCAACAUGCGCAGCGUCCGAUUGGUCAGAGACAAAGAAACAGACAAGUUCAAAGGUUUUUGUUAUGUGGAGUUUGAAGAUUUGGAAUCUCUUAAAGAAGCUUUGACGUACGAUGGUGCUUUGCUAGAUCAACGGCAACUGAGGGUGGACAUCGCAGAGGGACGAAGACAAGAACGAGGAGGAGGAGGAGGAGGAAGCUUCGGCGGCAGAGGACGAGGAGGUCCUCGAGGAGGAGCUCCCAGCGGAGGAAGAGAACGUGACUUCGGUGGGGACUACAACCAACAAGGAGGAGGUGAAGGUUUUCGAGGAGAGGACGACUUCAUGGGAGGGCGGAGUCGAGGAGGAGGCGGUGGCGGCGGUGGCGGUCGCCCCGGUGACAGAAGGGGGGGUGGAGCCGGAGCCGGACCCGGAGCCGGACCCGGAGCCGGAGGUGGUGCGGGUGCGGGUGCAGGACCGGCUCGCUUCAGAGAGGGACCCCCCCGCGCAGGAGCGACAGACUUCAGGGAACCGUCUGAUGAGGAGCGAGCACAGAGGCCUCGGCUGCAGCUGAAGCCUCGGACCGUCUCGGAGCCGCUCAACCAGGUCGCCAACCCCAACUCUGCCAUCUUCGGCGGAGCCAAGCCGCGAGAGGAGCACUGACUCAUUUAAAUCAGCAGCCACAUACCCCCCCCUCCCCCGACCAGACGGUGGCGCUAACACAUCACCCGUGUUACCGGCAGGAGCGAAGAGAUUUAAAGGUUUUUGUGCUGUUUUUGUUAUUUCAGUGUUCAUCUUGUAGAAGCCGACUGCCACAAAAACACUUUUGUAAAAAUUGAUGAAAAGUUUUGAAUGAACUGCAAAAAGUCCAAAUUGUUCUGAUCAUGAUGAUUCUGAUUCUCCAACAAUGAAGUUUGGUUUAUAGUUUUAAAACUGUCAUUUUUUGCAUUCCUUAAUUUUCAUCUUUAAUUUUCUGAGACACAGAGCGUAAACCUGGUCCAGGUGAAGGUUUUCAGGUCCGCGUGGAUCGGGAUCAGGAUCGGGUCCGUAGAGGGUCCGGCGAACGGGGGUUUAAACCUUCAAUCGGUGGUUUUGGUCGGUUUGGGUCGGUUUGGGUCUGCGCCGCUUUGACAACGUUUGUGCCGCUGAUAAACAGUUUGUUUGUUCUCCUGGACGUUUGCUUUACUGUACUGUAGAAUAAAAACGGCUGUUUUAACUUUUUCUUUUUGUUCAUUUUUAUUUCCUUCACUGUUUAUGGCAAUAAAACUCUCAUCAUCAACGACAUGUGUUUACUUUACGGGUCGGGGGGGACAAUAAAGCUCGUUCUGUGUCUGUG